UUCUGCAUGGCUCGUGAGUGCCUCCAAGCAUUCACCACCGGCCGGCCCUGCCGGCUUCAUGUGACGCUCAACAACAAUUUAGCGAGGGGCGCGGUGAGCCGUGACACGAACGUCGCAGCUGUGUCGUCGAGACUGCAUUGCGUGACAAAAAGGCUUAAACACUUCGCUUGGUUGCUACAAAACGAAGUAGGUGGCCGGGCCUGGCCCGUCGGCGUCGGCGUCGACAACCUGCCUGUGAUUGCUCGGUAAUAUUAACUUGAUCGCUUGCACAGAUGUGCCAUGACAUCGCGCGUCACCUUUUUAUUUUUCUCUAUUUUUCUAGUAAGUGAGAGAGCGAUCAGCUGUACGAAUCUUGCUCAGGAAAACCCCUGCUAUGGCCAGCAAUGUUAUCACGAGUAUGAAAUGGUGAAAGGAACGCCUCAACUUAAACCAUACGCCCUAAUUAGUACUCCUAUUUCUUUAAGACUGCCUUGGUCGGCUCACUCGGUCUUCAAUAUAAUGGUCGGCUCCCCUCAUUGGCCAAAGAUGGCCAGCCAAAAUUGCCUUGCUAAUCAUGGGCCCCACGCAUGGGCCCACCCAUUUCUCACUCCGUCCGCCUCUCCUCAAGCGUGCCGCCCUUCUGCGCGCCGCCAACACCGUUCCUCCGCCGCGCCGUCAUUGCCACCGGCCUCUGCCGCAAGCGCCGCUCCCGUCGGCCGACCACCUCCCUCGUCGUUGCCAUCGGCCUCCGCGCAAGCGCCGUUCCCGCCAGCCGACCACCUCCCUCGCUGCUACCUUCCCAUCGCUGCAUGCGCCGCACCCGCCGGCCGACCGCCUCCCUCGUCGCUGCCUUCCCAUCGCCACACAGCCGCUCCCGCCGGCCGACCGUCUCCCUCGCCGCCGCCUUCCCAUCUCCGCCGCAUAGGCUCCACAGCGCCUUCGCUGGCCGACCGCCCCCCUCGCCGCCUUCCCUUCUCCACCACGCGCGGCUCCACAACGCCUCCGACGCGUGCGCCGCUCCCGCCGGCAGACCGCCUCCCUCGCUGCCGCCUUCCCUUCUCCGCCACGCGGGCUCCACAGCACCUCCGCCACCGCACGGGUUCAGCCGGCGGAGAUGAGAGGAGAAGAAGAAGAAGAAGAAGAACAAGAAGAAGAAGAGAGAGAGAGAGAGAGAGGGGGGUGGAGAAGAAGGGUGAAAAAACUGACACGUGGGACCCACAGUUACAGUGGAGAACUGUAAUAGAGAGGCUGUUGGAGUGAAAGGCAGAUUUGACUAUCCAAAUUUUUGUCAAGGUGGCUAAAUGCAUAUUUGGAGAGUGA